AUGCUCAUCCUGUCGCUACCGUAUUAUUAUGCUGCUGAAAGGAGCGGAGUACUGGUUGGUUCCAAGUUUUCCCUGGACCCCAUCUUGAGAAUGCAGCCAUCAGGCAAUGGCCACGUUGGAAGCUCCCCUGUCCAUAAGAAGCACCACAGGGGGCAUCCCCAUCUGGCCGCCGUUGAGAAGAGGCUGCGCGACUCAUUCAGAAGAUCGUACAAAGCGGCAGCCGACGAGGCAGAGCAGUUGAAGCAGGAUGUGUGGAGUGUGUAUCAGCAGCUCCGAGCGGUGGUGAUUUUUGUGAUGAAGCGUCUGCUGUUCCCCAUACUCCAGUUCCGCGACUUUUUGCGCAUCACGCGCUACCUGGUUACUGUUGGCUGGCAGGAAGGAUUGUCUGCCGCGAUUGUCAAUGUACUCACGCUCAACGAUCGAACACUCAAGGACUUUGGCCGGUUGAUCGAGAGGAAGGGGAACGAGAUGUUUGGCGGCUAUCAGGCCACAGACGGCACCAAGAUUCCGCUCACUCUCAUCGGCCUCCUCGACAAGCGCGUGGCCCUGCAAGAGGACACGUUGCGCCUCUUCCCGUCCCCCACCCCGAGCGCCCGCCCGAACGCUGACGUGUGCAUCAUGGCGUCCAAGAUCGUGUACGAGGACGAGGCCGUCGUGCGUGACGUCAUCGACCGGGUGUGGAACUCGCCGGUGCAGGUCACCGAGGAUGGGCGGGGGAUCAAGUACAUCGAACCGCCAAAAGAGAAGUUCGAGUUCUUGAAGUGGUUCUCCUACGCAAGGAGAAGGGAGGGAUCGAAGGGCGACACAGUGGAGACCCAAGCGAUGCUAAUCAGAAAGGGCAACACAAUCGUGCUGGCGUUCCGUGGCACUGAGCCGUUUAGCGCCGUCGAUUGGGCCACCGACUUUUACUUCCCUUGGUGGGAGAUCCCUGCACUCGGCAGGGUGCACACCGGGUUCCUGCAAGGCCUCGGCCUGGGCUUCCCCAUCGACCGCAAGCACCCCAAGCGCGCACCCCCUACAGGCGCCCCCGUCGCGACGGACGACGCGCGGGAGGUGGAGGAGGCGUCGCGUCACGAGGAUGCAAAGCUGGACGACUUCUCCGAGUACAUCUCCACGUGCAUGACCCGCUUCCAGGCGGUCGCCGAGCGGUCCACGCUGACCGGCACCACCCCCGCGCGCGAGAAGUUCUUCAAGGACCUCGACGACCAGCGCGCGCAGAAGAAGUGGCGGUUCAAGGACAACUACGUCCUCGCCGAGAAGUCGAACAAGUGCGCGAGCCGCGCGGAGAAAGCCGGCGAGAAACCCGGCGCCGAAAAGGAACCGCGCGAGGUGAAGAACGACGCACCGCUGUACUGGCAGAUCCGCGCGGAGCUGCUGAAGCACAUCAGAGCGGAUCCGCACGCGCACAUUUUUAUCACCGGGCACAGCCUCGGCGGCGCGCUCGCGGCGCUCUUCACGGGGCUGGUCGCCGCGGAGAGUGACGUCAUCACGCAGCGCAUCAGCGCGCUGCAGACGUUCGGCCAGCCGCGGAUCGGUGACUGGACGUUUGCCUGGUUCCUGCACAACAGGCUGAACGUGCCACAGCACCGGUACGUGCGCAUGGUCUACGGCUCCGACCUGGUGCCGCGCGUGCCGUUCGACUCGGACCUGUUUGAAUUCAAACACGUGGGGCCCUUCCACUGGGCCAAUUCACUCUACCACGUCAAGAACGGUACCUUCGACGAGCAGCCACCCCUGCGCAUGCUCCGCGCGCAUGCCACGGCCGUGUUCGAGCUGUUCUACAACACGGUGUGGCAGUCGAUCGCUGCCGUCCUCUUCCCGCAGCCCGCCCGGCGCCCCUCGGAGAGUGUCCCCCAGGUGCUUGCCCGAGUCGCGGCGCUCUUUCUGCCGGCGAUCGGGGCACACAGCCCGACCAACUACCUCAACGCGGUCCGGCACGGCAUGCCGGAGGGCAAAGUCAAGAAGGCCCCCGCUAUGGUCUCGUAGGGGGAUCAUCCUACCACUGAGGCGGUCCCCCUAGAAAGUGGCGAAAUGUCUCCGCAGGCGGAUGACGGGGAACGACAACAGCGGCGGCUGAUGAGCAAAAGACUUGCAAAUACUGAGGUCGUGUGAGGAGGACACCCUGAUUUCGCUUUUGUGCACAGGGACGAUUGCAUGACUAUAUCAAAACUGUUUACGAUUCUCAUAAAGGCUGUAGCUUUAUAACGUGUCAUGAUGAGCCUACGUACAAAAUUGCACGUACUCGCAAUAUAGAACAGAAUCGUGCGGCCGCCAGCUGUCGGACCUAGCAAUUGAGCGAAGGCAGGAGUGUUGCAGGCGGCAGCAAGAAGUUCGACGGCAAGGUAGGUCACCAAAGAAUAACUGCGUGCACUCAAAAGUAAGCUUUUGGCCGCGAACAACGGCAAUCAGGAAGUAAGUCCGCGGCCGUAGGGUCAGAAAUGCACGUGGCGCCAGUGUGGUUUAUUGAGUUGUUGGAGAGUCCUCACCACUGCUAGAAGCGAAUCUGGUAAAAAUUUCGAUUAGGACUAUAUAGUCGUAACAUAAAUACCGAAAGAACUGUGGAUGUAAGUUGUACCCAUGUACCCCUCAUGCAUGUACGCGUAGGAAGAAAGUUAGUUGCCUCCAUGGCAGGAUGCAGGAAG